AUGAAUAAAAUAAUAAAUUGCCCAAAAAGUUUAUAAUAGUCAGAUGAAAAAGAUGAGUAUGUAGUUUAAAUUUAUAUAAUAGUCUUUGGUUCAAAAAAUUAACAGUUAAAAGUUAGGAUGCUACUCAUACCAUUUGGGAAUGUGAAUUUUCAAAUUGGGUUUAAAAUGAAGCAAAAUUUGUAAAGUUGAAAAUAACAAUAAUUCUUUCUGAAGAUAAAGAAAUUAAGUACAUAUAAAAUGGAGAGAUUAUAAGAAUGUAAAUAAUUUUUGAAAUAAUAAAAUAGAGACUAUGUGCCCAACUUAUUUGCUAAACCUUAAUUUUUUAAUAAUUUAGAAUAAUUAAAAAAUCUUUAAUGGCAAGGAAAUUAUACAAUUAAUCGAAAAAAGAUUUCUAAAUGGACUGCAUAUUGGAACGGAGAAAAAAUUAAAAAAGUUGGUGGAUAUUACUGCGAGAGUGGAUUAAAGUAGGGUUUAUGGAAGGAACUAAGUAAGAACUAUUGGAGGUACAUUUAUUAAGUAUAUAAAAUAGUAAAGCUUAAAUAUUUGAAAUUGGAGAGUACUUUAAUGAUCAAAGAAGAGGAUUCUGGAAAUAUAGCUUUUAAAAUACUAUUAUGUAAGAUAUUUACUUAUUUGUAUAGUGGAGGAGGGUAUUAUAAUUAAGAGAGCUUAAAGCAUGGUUAAUGGGUAGAAUUGAGUGAUGCAUUUAGGGAGUAUUAUAAUUAAAAUAAAUUAUAGGUUUAGUGAAGUGACUUAUGAAGGUGAAUAUAAUAACGGUAAUAAAGUUGGGGUAUGGAAUAUUUUUUGGCAAUAUUAUGAAUAGAAAUUAUAAUUGUAAGAAAAGGAUUAAGAAUUUUAGAGGUUAUGGAAUAUAUGGUUAAAAUAAUUCUGGAUGUGCUGUCAAAAUAGGAAUGUGGAUUGAAUUAUGUGAUGAAUUUUGGAAGAAUUCACAAAUCUUUCAUAUUGGGAAAUAUAUAAAUGGCCUUAAGGUUGGUAAAUGGGAUAUUAUAGAAUAAUGGAACAAUAAUUCAACUUAAAUGUAAGAUAUUAUAAUUUAAUAAAAUUUAAGAGGAGGUGGAUUUUAUGAAUACGAUGAAAAUUAUGGAAAUUUUAAGAGUGGAAAGUGGAUUGAAAUAUGUGAAGGGUUUUAUAGAUCAUAUAUUUAUUCAAAAUAAAUUACUUAUAAUGGUGAAUAUAAAAAAGGUAAAAAAGUUGGUGUAUGGGAUAUUUUAUGGAGAAAAAGUUCUGAAGAAUCAUUUAUAAAGAUGUAAUAGAAUAUAUAUUAUUAAAAUAGUGGUGGAGGAUCAUAUGGAGAUGAUGAAAUGGAAGGAAAUUUAAAAUUUGGAAGUUGGAUUGAGUUGAGUGAUAAAUUUAAUAUGUGGAAUUAAAUCAUUUAUAAUGGCUAAUAUAAAAAUAAUUAAAAGAUUGGUAAAUGGGAAGUUUAAUGGAGAAAAUAGCAUGAUAAACAAUUUGAAGUGAUGUAAUAAAAAAUAAUAAAAGUAAAUUAAGUGGUGGUGGAUUAUAUGUCGAUGUUGAAGGUAAUGGAACUUAAAAGAAUGGAAAUUGGAUUGAGGUGAACGAUAACUUUGAAAUAAAUAAUUAAACUACUCACUAAGGCGAAUAUAAAAAUGGAAAAAAGAUUGGUAGUUGGGUUAUUUUAUAUAGGGAACAUGAUGCUAAACCAUUUGAAUAGAUGUAAGAGUAUUAUUAAUAACAAAAUUUAGAGGUGGAGGAUAAUUUGCUAUUAAUGAAAAGUAAGAGGAUGUUAAGAUUGGUAGAUGGAUAGAAUUGUGCAACUAUUUUGGAACGGGAUUUAAAAGUAGCCAAGUUAUUUUUAUUGGAGAUUAUUAAAAUGAUAAAAAAGUGGGUAGAUGGGAUUUUUGUUGGAGGAAAGAAAAUUCUAAACCUUUUGAAAAGAUGUAAGAUAAAUUUUAAUAGCAUUUUUAGUGGAGGUGGUGUAUAUGACAUUGAUGAAUAAUUAGGAAUAUCAAUAAAAGUUGGAUCCUGGAUUGAAUUGUCUGAUACUUAUGGAAUUUAAUCUGGUUAAGAUUAAGUCAUUUUCAAUGGUUAAUAUCUAAAUGGCAAAAAAGUUGGGAUAUGGAAUAUGAUGAAUAGAGAUUAUUAAUAAGCGGAAAUAAGAUUCUAAUAAAUUAAAGAAAUAAAUUAUAAUCAUUUUAAUAAAUGA